CUAACUCAUAGUGCUGGUGCAUUCAGAACUGUUGCUCACCACAGGAGAUAAGGAUCACAUUCAUUUCCAGCCACCACAACACAGCUAUUGUAGCUGGUCCUCUCUUGCAAGGGCCCUGGCACAGAAGACAAGAAAGUUUCAGACCCCCGGUGGCCUCGAGUCUUAUUUCUGGAGGAGACAUCCACAGUAAAUGAAGCGGCGAAGUCAGAAUGACUCCCCCUACAGCAGCCGCCGUGUGCCGAGGAAGCAACGUCACCUGCAACAGCACCUGCCCAGAGAACAGCAGCUGGGAUGAAAGCAUCUACAUCCUCUACACUGUCUUCUACCUGGUCAUCUUCAUCCCGGGGCUGCUGGGCAACAGCCUGGGGCUGUUUAUCCUGUGUCGCUUCAUCAGCAAGAAGACCAAAGCGGUCAUCUUCAUGAUCAACCUGGCAGUGGCCGACCUUGCCCACGUGCUGUCGCUGCCCCUCCGCAUCUACUACUACGUCAACCACACCUGGCCCUUCGGCAAGGCCAUGUGCCUGCUGUGCUUCUACCUGAAGUACCUCAACAUGUACGCCAGCAUCGCCUUCCUCAUGUGCAUCAGCCUCCAGCGCUGCAUCUUCCUCAUGAAACCCUUCUGCGCCAAGGAUUGGAAGCGGCGCUACGACGUGCGGAUCAGCCUGCUGGUGUGGCUGGUGGUGGGGGCCUGCUGCUCGCCCUUCAUCCUGAUGAGGAGCAGCGCGGGCCAGAACAGCAGCGGCUGCUUCAAGGACCUGCCCACCCGCAAGCUGGACCUGCGCCUCUCCGUCACCAUGAUGACCUUCGCCGAGCUGUGCGGCUUCGUCAUCCCGCUGGCGGUGAUCGCCACCUGCACCUGGCGGAUCAUGCGCUCCCUGCGGCGGACGGAGACGGGCACCAUGCUGCAGGACGCCAACGACAAGCGCAGGGCCCUGCGCCUGGUGCUCAUGUGCACCGUCGUCUUCCUGCUCUGCUUCGCGCCCUACCACGUCAACUUCCUGUUCUACCUGAUGUCGGGGCAGGACAUCAUCACCUACUGCCCCCUCCGCUACGCCGUCCGCAGGUUCCACCCCAUCUCCCUCUGCCUGGCCAGCCUCAACUGCUGCCUCAACCCCUUCAUCUACUACUUCCUCACCACCGAGUUCCGCCAGCAGCUCUCUCGGCACGGCAGCUCCGUCAUCCGGGGCCGCCUCAUGAGCCGGGAGAGCGCCUCCUCUUUCCGAGACUAGGGAGGCGGGAGGGAGGGGCUCCAGCUGAUCAUAUCUGUGCUCCCCCCUCCCCCCCCACCUCCGAGGCGCCCUCCUCCCCCAAGGGAGAGAAGAGCGCUCUGAAGAAUGGCCUACUCCAGACGUUACCCAGACAGCGGAGUGAGGUGUACUGUAACUCUGACUCCGAGACCGGAGCCCAGCGUGGAUGAGGAUCCGAGUCCGGGCAGGAGCACUGCUCACUCUCCGGCCUGCCUUUCUGUUAAGAACGCCGGACGGUGAAGCUACAGUACCUUCCGGCAGUGGUGAGGGGAAACAGCACCUCCAGGUGAGGUGAGACAACCGCCAGCUUAUUCCAGCAGAAGCACAGAACAAAAACAGAAGCAACUAAAAAAUUCGGCGGAAGUGAAUCUUCUGCAGUAGCAUUAUGGCACGGGAAAGCACGUCAGGAUAAAACCAGAAAUACUGCCAUGAAGGCAGAAUCUGCCCACUGGCAGCUUUACUUGUCAAUCAGUUGGAGGAGGAAGCUACACCCACGAAACGUUUGACUUGUAAAAUGAGAAAUUCAAAUUGCCAGAUCAAGCUGGAUAGCCUUACUGUACACGUGAUGUUUUUUCAAACACUUAUUAGUAUCUCAUAAGUUUGGUCAAAUUCUAAUAGUGAUGAAAUGAGCCAAAGAAUAUAAAGGGAUAGGUGUACUUGCCACUUCGCCGUUACUUUGCCUGGCUGAGGAAACGACAGCUGUGACAAGCCCCUCAGUUAUAAGGAAUGAACCAGGGAGGCAGCUGCAAGGGUGAAGUUGGGCUGGAGGGAGGGCUUUUCGAAAAGAGGCAAACAGAGCCUGUGCAGCCAUGUGCAACCAGGGAGCAGUUACAUGCAGGGGAACUGAAGUGGGACAUUAGAGUUUGACCUCCUCUUGAACUCCAUGGCAAUGUCUGGGCCAGAGGGACACCUUUACUGGUUCCACUGGCUGAGACAGAGGCCUCUGUGCUUCACCUUUACAGCAGUAUAUAUAUUUUUUCUACAACCAAGAGCAAACAGUAUUGUACCAUGCAGUGUCUCUGCAGUAACAUCAGAAAGGAAAAUAAUAAAAUGAAUGACAACUUGGAAGUAAAUUCAUCUUCUACAACCCUUCAGUGGCGAGAGACUGUUGAUGUCUGGCUCUAUGAUCGGAGGAAGAGAUAAAAGGCUUGUUUUCAUCAGCUCAGCACUUCAGCUCAUGACUCUUCAGGACUGGACUUUUUCAUAUCACCCAUGAGCUGGAACCUUGUGAGACGUGUUGCGUUUCAGCCUGAUCAUGAUUACUUAAGGAAACCACACCCUUAUCUGCAAUGCAGACAAACAACGACUUCUGAUCCUGUUUUUCUGGAGUCACUUCCUGGAAGAUUAGCCCACACAGCAAUCUGGAGAAGAAACACACUGUCUACCUUUCAGACAAAUUCAAAUUCAAAUCUGACCGAAUUUCAGAACAUGUGGUGUGGACUGAACACUGGAUCCGCAAGAUUCAUGCCCCAGACUGCUCCACCUCACACUUGUGCACACAAUCUCCACACUGCCAAAACAGCCUGUAUCACUGUGGAUCAGACACAGACUCAGGAAUAGAACAUAUCACAAGGACACGCAUUUCCCUGGCCGAUGACAGGAGCACAGACUUAUUCAGCUGAACUUCACAUGAGCACAGAUGAAAUCAAACCUUCAGCCCAAACCACUGAAUGCAAACCCAUUGUUGGAUAGUGAACCAUCCCCUGACCGGGGACUUUAUGCUACGUAACUAAUGGAAAUCUGACAUCAACCACUAGUUUGGUAGUAAUCUGCUUGAAACUGGGGGCUACUACUAGAAAAUAUAAAUUCUGAAAGAUAUUAUUUUCAUCUGAGCCAAUGUUAUAAAGAAAAUUAGCAAAGUAAAAAACAUUGCUGCAAAACUGUGAGAUAUUCAAUGUUGGUUUCUUUGUUAAUCAACACUGAAAACAAGCUAUGUAUGUUUAUCAUGCGCUUUGAGAUACAAAUGUAUAAAUGUGCUAUAUAUCUAUUUAAGUUGGUUUGCAUUAUGUUUGGCUUACAAAACCUAAUACUACAUCUUGCAACUAUCUAUUUAUUUCCAUUUCAGAACUUUGAAUAGGAACAGAAGCAAACAAACUGUGAGAUUAAAUCUGAAUUUCUGCUACUUGCUAACUACAAACCAGGUCCCUGAAUUUGGUUCAGUGUGUUUGAGGCUUCCUUUUUCUGUGGAAUGGGAGCCUAGAUUCUGGGAUUUGUAGUUAUCCACUGCUAGACGAGUUGAAGUUUUAACUAGUCAAGGCCUAAUUUCGGCCUACCCAUAACUCCCAUGUGUGAAGCUCGGAGCCACAGUAGAUGCUUUGUGUGCAGAUUGUUUCUCAUAGUUAGAAGCUGCUUUUCUUUGACUUCCCAGUGUCUCCUUGUCUACAGCCAGCUGACAGACAAGGAGAGAGACACCGCGGUGCCCUGUGUAAGCUAUCACAGAAAUGUGCUACUUGACACACUAAGUGUUUGCAAUAAAAUUAUUUUUUAAAAGAAAAA